UAUAAAUAAUAUUAAAUGGCAGAUAAGGGUGGAGCCAAAGGAGGAGCAGGUGCAGGAGAAGAAGGAAAAGAAGGUGAAGAUAAGGAGCCAGAGAAAGGAUGUUGCGAUAAAUAUGCGGAAUGCUUGGUAGUUACUGGAAAAGUAUGAAAUACGAAUCUAAAGUCAGGCUAUUUAUACUUGUUGUUUGGCCGUUUGUACAUGCAUUAGAGAAUGUUUAGCUUUCAUAUGGUAUCCAUGCAAAGAAAGAUGUUGCGGAUGUCUUGAUAAUUGUGAUAAACAUUACAAUUAAUGGAAAGAUGAAGGAUUUACAGAUGUAUGAAAAAUGUGCA